GGUGUUUCUCAAGAUGGCGGUGGCGGCGGCAGCGCGGGCGAGACAGCUGUUAGGGGCUUGAGUGGGCGGCAGCGCGAGCGCGCCCCAGCGAGCGCGCGCCCGAGGGGAGAGCCGAAGGCCAGUCAAAUUCUGUGAACUCCCCCUGUUAAAAGAUGAUGUGACUUUCUGAUUUGUUGCCAAGGGAAGACUUGAAGAAGUAUCUAUAUAGGUGGUGAGGUUCUUGAAAACUGUUUUGGAACUGAUAAAAGCAUCAAGUUAAAAAUGAUAGUUUUAAAUAACUUGAAGGCAUUUCCGUACAAGCUGUUAUGGAAAACGACCUGGAAUCAGCGAUCUGUACCAGUGAGACCUUGCAGCUUGUAUACCUGCACAUACAAAACCAGGAAUCGGGCCAUACAUCCACUCUGGCAAAGCCUGGACAUAGUACCUGGAGGUGACCGACAAUCACCGAUCAAUAUCCGAUGGAGAGAUAGUGUUUAUGAUCCUUGCCUGAAGCCCUUAAAAAUUUGUUAUGAUCCAAGUACAUGUCUUCAUAUCUGGAAUAAUGGGUAUUCUUUUCUAGUAGAAUUUGAGGAUUCUGCAGAUAAAUCUGUGAUUAAGGGAGGACCUCUGGAAAACAAUUAUCGGUUAAAGCAGUUCCAUUUUCACUGGGGAGCAAUAAAUGACUGGGGUUCAGAACAUACUGUUGACAGUAAAUGUUAUCCAGCUGAGUUACAUUUAGUACACUGGAAUGCAGUCAAAUAUGAAAGUUUUGAAGAUGCUGCAAUGGAGGAAAACGGAUUGGCUGUGAUAGGAGUAUUUUUGAAGCUAGGUAUACAUCAUAAAGAACUACAGAAAUUAGUAGAUGCUUUGCCAGCCAUAAAACAUAAGGAUUCGCUUGUUGAAUUUGAAACAUUUGAUCCUGCCUGUCUUAUGCCAAGCUGCCCAGAUUUUUGGACCUAUUCUGGAUCUUUGACCACUCCUCCACUUUCAGAAUCUGUCACCUGGAUCAUUAAGAAAGAGCCAAUUGAAGUUGAUCAUAAUCAGCUGGAGGCAUUUCGGACGCUGCUUUUUACUCCACCUGGGGAGAAAGAAAAGAGGAUGGUUGACAACUUUCGUCCACUCCAGCCACUGAUGAAUCGCACAGUCCGUUCCUCCUUUCAUCAUGAUCAUAUAUUGAGUCUGCACAAAGGAAGCAAACAACAAACCCAGCAUGUUACUCCAUAAAAAGAUAGCAAGAAAAUAUCUUAUUUCAGUAUGUAAUCUACAUCUGGGCUUUUGUCAUAAUUUUGAAGGGAUUGGGGAUUUUCUUUGUAGGACAUAUAUCUCAAUGUGCAUUACUUAUAUUUUAAAAGAUUAUUAGCAAUAAACUGUUAGGGACGAUUAAGCAUAAAACAUUAAGGUCACAGAUUAUGAAAGUGUCUUCUACAAGUAUCUUGCCUGUAACUUGGCUAAACUUUCUCAAAGAUUUUUACUACUUUUGGGGAUAUAUUUAUCAUCUGAUUAAAAAGAAAAAAAAAGUAGGUUCUCAACUAAGCAUAUAAAGGUCAUCUAAUCAAUCAACUUUAAAAACAUUGAAAAAGUAAUAUUUGUGACUAUGAAAGAUCAAGCCUCAUAGAAAAAAAGGAAAAAUAUGUUAUAGACAAGUUGAUUUUUUCAUAAUGAGAAGAUGGGAAACUGACCUUUAUGAAAAGGGAAAAGAUUGCAAUUUUUAAUCAGAAUUUUAUAGGUCAUAUUAUUGUUAUUAACUUAUAAUAGGGUAUAAAAGCUACUUUACACAGAGCAAAAGAAAUAGAGUAGUUAUUUGGUGUAAUGUCAUACAGUGAAGGUCUGGGUAAAUCACAAUCUCAAUUACAUAAUACAUUUUAAGAUCUUUUGAUGAAAGGUUAUCAUUAAAUGAUUUGGUAUGCAAGGCUUUACCCUCAAGAGACACUCAAAAUAAUAAAUUCAAACUGAAUUUCUAUUUUAGAAAUAUUUAAUGGUGGUGUUUUGAAUUUUUUCCACUUAAGUUAUUGGCUAAUGGGUCUCCAAAAUAUUUAGCAUGCCUUUUGCCUUUUUCUUUUUCUCAUUUAAAUUCUGCUUUUUCUUGGUGGAAAAUCAAAAUAAUUUUAUUCUUUGAUACUAGGAAUCUGAUGCUAACAUCCUUAAGAUAAGUAUAAUUCUAGGGGCAACUAGGUGUCACAGUGGAUAAAGCAGUGGCCCUGGAUUCAGGGGGACCUGAAUUCAAAUCCAGCCUCAGACACUUGACACUUACUAGCUGUGUGACUCUGGGCACAUUGCCCUAAAACAAAACAAAACAAAACAAAGAUAAGUAUAAUUCUGAACUAUUUUGGGUAGAAUAGGACAUUUUAUUGCAUCCCAUAUUCUUAAAUUAUGACUUGAGUUCCACAAAAUUUCUUGUUUACCUUACCAGUUAUAAUAAAUAAUGUGAUUGUAUAUUAUAAUAGUGGUUUAUGGGAAUACACCGAGUUGUACUUUUCAGUUAUCAAUAGUUAUAGUACAUGAAAAUAUAGUUAAGAAAAAUGACUAUGCAUUCUUAGAACAUUUCUCGGUGUCUUUGAGUAGUAAUUUUUACUGAAUAUUAAAAACAAAUAUUUUUAUUGCCAAUGAUAAUAAAGUAGAGGAAGAGUAUAUUAUAUUUUAUCCUGCUUAAAGUGACUAAAUUUUCAGCAAGUUUGGUUGUUAUUUUUUAUUUUGUUAUUUUUUUGUUAUUGUGGUGUUUUUGUUGUUGUUAUUGUGGGUGGUCACAGUAACCAAAAUGUUCAGUCAGAUUUCUGAUUUGUGCAAUACAACCAAAGAAUUAUUUUCCUAAUUCCAAUUUAAUUAUAGUUUCCUUGUAGGUUAUUGUUGGAAAACAAAUUUAUAAUUGCUUUCAUGCAAAAGUUUUUCUACCCCAACACUUGCCCUCAUAC